AUGUUAGUCUUGCAGUACAUCGCCAAUUCGAGCAGACGUUUUCAAACGUUUGUAGCCAACAGGAUAGCAGUCAUACAAGAGCUGUCAAGAACUGACCAGUGGAGACAUGUCGGCACAUCGCUGAACCCAGCAGAUGAUGUAACUAGGGGAUUACCUGUCCUUGACCUGGUUGCAGGAUCUCGGUGGAUACGACGUCCUGACUUUUUACUCAGUGUUGAAGAACGGUGGCCAAAGGGAAAGGAACUGCCAGCAGUUCUGAACGACUUACUGGAGGUGAAACGAGAAGUACACCAGAGAUCUGUAGUUGCUCUGGCAGUGAGCGAGCAGUCAAAGUGGUCCCUCGCCAAAUUGUGGCUCAGGUACUCAUCAUGGUACCUCUUGGUGAAAGGGGUGGCAUGGAUUAAAAGGUUCAUUUGGUGGCUUGGGUCCAGUACAAGGACCGCAGACCUGAGCCUCAAACUGAAGAGGCUAAGCACUGAGGAACUACAGUCGGCUGAGCAGACACUUAUAAGAUUGGUGCAGAAAGAGGCUUAUGAGAAAGAAAUCCAAACUGUCAUAAAGGGUGAGCUGCCGAAGGACAAUAAGCUAUAUAAACUGGAACCUUACUUGGACGAGCGAACGUUGCUCAGAUCAAAGGGAAGAAUUAAAGGAACCCUUCUUGGGCGAAAUGGUGAGGAGCCAAUCUUGCUGCCUAGAGACCACCACAUCACCGAUAUCAUAGUGCGGGAGAUGCACGAAGAGAGAGCCGGACAUGCCGGACGAGAACACACGAUGGCGUGUGUGAGGCAAAGGUAUUGGAUUCCCCAGGGCAGACGCUUGCUUGAUAGAAUCAUACGACGCUGUGUAGUGUGCCGACGGAACAACUGGAGAAGUCGGCAUCAAAGGCAAGCUGACUUACCAAUAGAUCGUGUCACUCCUGGCAACUCUCCAUUUGCUUACACUGGAACGGACUGUUUUGGUCCAUUCAUUAUCAAGGUAGGGAGGAAACAGGUUAAGCGCUGGGGAUGUUUGUUUACAUGCCUAACUAUUAGGGCUGUUCAUCUAGAAGUCUUGGCCUCAUUAGACGCAGAUGCCUUCCUCAACGCAAUAACAAGGUUCUCACGACGCAGAGGUACACCAGAGCGUAUUAGGUCGGAUAAUGGGACAAACAUGGUAUGGGCAGCCAAAGAGCUCAAACUAGCAGUGAAAAGUUGGGAGCAAGAUGACAGACUCAGAGGUGCCUUACUGAAAGCAGAUAUUGACUGGGUCUUCAAUCCACCAGUUGCCCCAUACAUGGGGUGA